UCCUCAUCGGUUCCCGUCAAGUUCUCCAAAGUCUCCGCAGUCUGGCACCAACCGUCAACAUAGCAAGACCUUGUGCGUGUGUUACUUGAUUUUUAUCGUGUGUGCAAAUUUAAAGGUGCCAAAGUUUGUUAUUGAAGCGUUGGCAUUUAAAUAACUCACAUAAAGAAAUCCGUGUUCUGGGGUUUUUAAAUUAUUUUUACGUAAUUUAAAAAUUGUUUGACGGCUCGUGGGAACAACCAAGAAUUACCGGGUAGAUUAAGAGUGCACGAGACUUGACUCUACGGGCAACCUUUCAAAACUGAAUGGUCGCAUUUUAAUUGAUGAGUUUAGUGAAGGGAAUAGAUAGAGAUCAUAGGAAAAUUAUUAUGGAAAAGCAUGUGUGAAUUGUCGAGACCUAAGAAGAGGAAGAAUAUAUAAGAAAAUAAUAUCAGGAGCCGCACCUUUAGAUUCCUUGGUCGACUUGGAGCCAAGUGAGAGGUGUGCUUUCGUGAGCUGUAACAAGGAAGAGAGUAGAAAAGAAAAGAAAGGAGAUACCUCCUGAGAGAGUAGGAGGAGAAGGAGGACGAAUUCCAAGGGGGCACGUAUGUACAGCUCCGACGCCACUGGUUAGCCGCAUACCAAGCGAGCGAGAGGUCUUGUGGGAAAAGGGGAGAAAAAGGAAUGAGGAGAGAAGGACGUGUAGUGUGGGGAGUCACGCUGUAAGCUACACAGAAUAAGUGGAGGGAUCACCGCCGCGAGUGGGACAGUAACUCGUCACGAGGAAGUGAGUGAGACAGAAACUCUCUCAGGUAAGAGAGGCUUGGUGGCGAAGAAGGCAGCCAUAAUGGCCUAACGCGAUCUCCGUGAGGCAGCUACAGCUGCUGCAAAAUCGUGAUCGGUACGAGAAUAUCCUGUAGAGUGAUUUUGCAACAAGAUUGAGUCACAUCUAGUGCUAUUAAUCUGCCAGAAGGUCCUUUCUUACGCAGCUGUGCAGGUUUUCGACAUCUGAAGUAUUUUUUUCUUCUGUCAGACCAUUUAAAUCUUAAGCUCAGGAAACAAUGAGGGGUUCAAAUCAAGACACUGCGACUCCUUAUUGUCGUUGUCGAGUCCUUUAUCUUGGCAGUUCAGUUCCUCAUGCAAGCAAAGAAGGGCUUCUUGGAGUGCAAGAGCCCUUACGUGAGCUAUAUCCGGAACAAGGUGCACUUGGAGCACGUGGUAUUGAUUCCUGGUUAAGUGUGUGGAGCAAUGGUUUACUUUUGGAGAAUGUUGAUGAACAUCGGAAGAAAGUUACAAGGUUUUUUCCUAUCGAAUCAUUACAUUAUUGUGCAGCAGUGCGACAUGUGAAGGGAGGUAGUGGUGAUUCUUCAACUACUAGAUUUUUACCGCUUGAUUCGCCGUUUGCUAGGAAUCCUAGCGCUAAUCAUCCACCUCUCUUUGCGGCUGUAUUACGUCGUACAACCGGGAUUAAAGUUCUGGAGUGCCACGCCUUCAUCUGUAAGCGUGACAUGGCAGCCAACGCCCUGGUAAGAUGCUGCUUUCAUGCGUAUGCAGAUAGUAGUUAUGCCAAAGGUCUUGACCCCUCAAUGGCAACCAUCACAAACAGUGAACCACCAGCAAGUUCACAUCACGCCAAUGGAACGAACGGUAAUGGCAGUCUAUAUCACACACUUGGUGGUUCAAGUACUACCUUAGACAAUAAUAGUCCUCUGGGAACUAGAUUGGACACUGCAUCUAAUGAUGAUAUCAGUCUUUAUAAUGGUGAUGAAAAUCAUAAAGUAUGGGCAAAGGGCAGAGAUGAAGUUGAUGCCGUAUAUCAAGAGCAAGGAACUAUGAGAAGCACUCGAGGAUCACGACCGAGACAAUUAAUAGCUCCUCCACCUCCGCCUCCACCUCCACCACCGCCAUCUCAACCUCUUCUUACAGAAGAAUCCACAUCUUCAACUAGAAGAAAAGCAAAUAAAAAAUUAAAAAAAUUAAAAAAUCGUACCGCACAUGAAGAACCUAUGCAGAUUACUCAUCAUCCUCAUCAAAUACAUCCUCAAGCUAUUUAUACAAAUGGUCAUGGCCAUCAUACUCUUGGACAUCCAAUCAGACAACAGCAUUAUCACUCGCAUCAAAUGCCACCAACUAGUAGGUCUGUCGCAGGUACUCUUGCUAGACCAGCUCCAGUGCUUUUAGUACCAGCAGCAACUCUUCCGCGGAAAGCUCAUCAUCAUCCCAGAGGUAUACGACCGAUACCAGCAGCAGCACCAAUAGUUCCGGUUUAUGCUCCUUUACCAGUAGUGCCACCGCCACCAGCUGCACUUUAUCAGCCUACUUAUGGCACUUCAGGUAAUCGAGGAAGACGACAUCAGGAGGUUGAUUCUUCUACUUUGGGUGUAAACAGAAGACUUGCAGCUUCACAUGCAGAUUUAACAGCAUCUCCUGAAAAUACGAAUACUGACAAUCAAGAUAAUGAUUCACGUUACGGAACUGGAAUAUAUAGACGCAAAGGUCAUUUAAAUGAACGAGCUUUUUCCUACAGUAUCAGAGCAGAGCACCGUAGUAGAAGUCAUGGAAGUCUUGCAUCACUAGGGUUCACGUCUCAGAACGGAUCAGCUCUGCCUAAAGAAGAAAAGAAAGACCGGGAGAUUGCACAAAUGGUUGCUGGCUUGAAUCUUGAUGAUGGCCAUGAUAAAACAUCCUAUAAUCGAGCUAAUCAUCAUCCACCUCAGCCCCUACCGAGACCACGACCUCGUUAAACUGUUGCGGUUCAUUGAGUUAUUGGAAACGGGAAGAUGUGGUAAAAUCAAUCAAUACAUACGUACAGUGACAAUGAUUGAUUUAUUACAGAUGGAAAUUGAUAUUCAAGGUUUUUAAUCAUCAUCGAUAUUAUCUGGAUAUUAAAUAGAUAUUGAUUAUCUAUUGCCACUGAUCGACGAAAUUGAUACAGGGCAUAAAAAAUCAAUGAGAUACAUUGCUCAUUGCUCAUUAGUCGUACAUUGACUUCUUCAUUUUAUGACGAUAGAUACUCAUUUCAACAAGAAAAUUAAAGAAUAAUCUUCUGUAUGUUGUUUUCAAGCUAAUUGAGCGGAUGGGAACAAUAUAAUUGUAGUCACGCUGUCAUGUUAUACACCUAAUGCUCGAGGAUGUUGACUUUACGAAGCGCAACAGAGUUGCACAGAAAAUUAAACAAAAUGUAUAGGAUCUUAUAAAAAUUUUUAAUAUAAAUCUUACUUCGAACUAUUACGUUUUAUAUAUAACAUGUGAAACUAUUGAAUAAAUUAUAUCGGGCCAAAUGGCCUGAGUGUACAUACACGUGAUUACAAGUGGUGUAAAGAUGUAUGGUAUGCAAAAGGUAAGAGUCAGUUACAAUUAUACUGUUUAACGCUAAUCAGUUAUCCAGUCUAUUUAUAGAAAUGAGCUCUGAGUAAAUAAAAUUAUUUUUUAACCACACUGAUAAUACGUAUGGCUGGUGGUUGGAGCCAAUCUUUUGUGCAGGAGUCAAUAAAGCAUGACGUAAUAAUGAAGGCUUUGGUGAACAUCAGCAAGAAGAAAAUUUAAUAUCAAGUUUUUAUGUCACAUAUCAUAAAAUAAAACGAAAAGGAUGCGAUUACAUCAUCUUCACAGAUAAUAGAAAUGAUGACAACCAGAUGCAAUUUUGUUAUUCAUGGUUAUAUUGUCGAUGAGUUUCGAGGUCAAUGUGUAGCUUCUUCACUCUCUGAAUCCUUAUCAUUAUCAUGCAAAAUAAUAAAACGUUUCCCAGUGCCCGCAUAAACUAAAUUUUAUAACGGGAAAAAUUUUUGUACGCUGAGAAUUUUCAUUGCUCGCAUAUUGAGCUCGUCGACUGAAAAAUAAUCUACAAUUUUCAUAAUAAACAACUGUUAAAUCUAUACUUAUACUAUAGAUUACAUACUUGAAUUUUUUUCAAUAUAUUUACCAAAUGAAUGAGUCAGUGCAAAAAAGAUUAUAUUGUUACUAUAAAUAAAAUGGCGCCAUUUAUUUUUAAUUUCUCUUGGAAUCAUGAUAAUUGAUAUUACUUAAUUAUUAACUCUUUAAUAAUGUAUUUAUAAAUUUUUAUCUUUCAAAUUAUCUAUUUUAAUUGGAUACACGUAAUUAACUUGACAUUCAGGGACAAUGUUUGAAAUCGUGUUUACAUAAAAAUAUUAAAAGUGAUAAAAAAUAUUUAGUGUACAAUGUCAUAGUUUGUCGCUUAGUCAAUGGAAAUCUAAUAUGAAUACUCAUCAGUGUUAGAAAAUUAAAAACAUUUUUUAAGUAUUUAAAAAAAAUUGUCCCAGAAUUCUUAUCAGCAACCAUAGGAUUUUAGUGAGUUAACAGUAAG